UGUGGGGUUGAACUCGGAAAACAAAACCGCCGCUCAAAGGCCGCGGCUAUCGCUUCCUGUAGCUCACAUUUUUACUACAGUUUGGAAAGAAAUGGCGGACAUGGAUGAAUUGUUCGGUAGUGAUGGAGACAGCGACAAUGACCAGAGAGAGUCUGGCUCUGGCUCUGGUUCAGACUCGGAGCAGGAGAGACCCCGAUCCCCCAGCAGCACCCCAGGAAGCGGCAGCGACAGUGAGAGGGAACGGGAUGAUGAUGAUGAUGAGGAAGGCCAGGAGGCAGAAAAACCCAGUAUAAAUAAGGAGCUAUUUGGAGAUGACAGUGAGGAUGAGCAGCACAGUCAACACAGCGGCAGCGACAACCAGUCUGAGCGUUCAGGGAACCAGUCGGACGCCAGCAUGCACUCAGACCAGGGAGAAAACGAUCACUCUGAUGCAGAGCAGCACAGCGGCUCAGAGCGUGGCCAUCGAGAUGAGGAUGAAGACGAGGAGGACGGAGGCCACCGGUCAGAUGGAGGAACCCCGGCCGGCAGCGGGAUGUCCGGAGCAGGGAGCCCUCGCUCUGAGAGGGGAAGUGUGCGUUCAGACAGGAGCUUGCACAGCGAUCCUGGGACUCCGCAGUCGGGGCCGGGCACCCCUCACUCUGACGGAGAAGUUUCUGGCAGGGAGAACCAGUCGGACGAUGAAAAGUGGGGAGGAGAAGCCAAGAGCGACCAGUCAGAGGAUGAAGAGGAGAAACGUCAUUACUCUGAUGAAGAAAGGGAGAACUCUGAUGACGAGGGGCCGAGGAACAGAAAGUCAGAGUCUGCAAAGGGCAGUGAUAGUGAGGAUGAUUUCCUCAGACAGAAACCAAAAGCAAAAGCCACCUCUGAUUCAGAUUCAGACAGUGAUAUCGGAACUAAGAAAGUGAAGAAGACAGCAGCAGAUGACCUUUUCGGAGAGGCUGAUGACAUCUCUUCAGACAGCGAUGCAGAGAAGCCCCCGACCCCAGGACAGCCCCUGGAUACAGAGGAUGGGAUGGAGGGGGAGCAGGCUGAAGAGGAGCCUGCACCUGAAACUCGUAUUGAGGUGGAGAUCCCAAAAGUCAGCACAGACCUGGGAUCUGACCUUUAUUUUGUCAAGCUGCCCAACUUCCUGUCGGUGGAGCCCAGACCCUUUGACCCUCAGUACUAUGAGGAUGAAUUUGAGGAUGAAGAGAUGCUGGAUGAAGAGGGACGGACCAGGCUCAAACUGAAGGUGGAGAAUACAAUUCGGUGGAGAGCCAAGAGAGACGAGGAGGGAAAUGAAACAAGAGAGAGCAACGCACGCAUUGUCAAAUGGUCUGAUGGCAGCAUGUCCCUCCACCUGGGGAAUGAAGUGUUUGAUGUUUACAAAGCUCCUCUCCAGGGAGACCACAACCACCUGUUCAUCCGUCAGGGCACUGGACUGCAGGGACAGGCUGUGUUCAAAACCAAACUCACAUUCAGGCCCCAUUCCACAGACAGUGCCACCCACAGGAAGAUGACCCUGUCUCUGGCUGACCGCUGCUCCAAGACACAGAAGAUCAGAAUUCUUCCCAUGGCUGGACGAGAUCCAGAGUCGCAUCGCAAUGAAAUGAUCAAGAAAGAGGAGGAGCGGCUGCGAGCUUCUAUCCGCAGAGAGUCCCAGCAGAGGAGGAUGAGGGAGAAGCAACAUCAGAGAGGGCUGAGCAGCAGUUACCUCGAGCCCGACCGCUACGAUGACGAGGAGGAGGGCGAGGAAGCCAUCAGCCUGGCAGCCAUCAAGAGUAAAUACAAGGGAGGAGGAGGCCUGAGAGAGGAGCGAGCGAGGAUCUACUCGUCAGACAGUGAUGAAGGCUCUGAUGAUGACAAAGCCCAGAGGUUGAUGAAGGCCAAAAAGCUGGACAGUGAUGAGGAGGGCGAGGGAUCGGGCAAGAGAAAGGCAGAGGACGACGAGGAAAUGGCCACCAAGAAGAAGAAAUAUGUCAUCAGUGAUGAAGAGGAGGAGGAGGAAGAGGAAGAGGAUGACGAAUAAUUUUUUUUAAUCAUUCCACUGUAUUAUCAGUGCCCAGCCCACAUGGCAUGUAAACAGCCAUAUUUUGUUUUGUAUAUUUUCUUAGGAUCAGUGUGUGGGUGAGUGUGUGUGAUUGUGUGUUUGCUUGUUUAUGUUGUGUACAGCUGAGGUGAGAAAUAAAUACAUGGUUGUCUUAUGUAACCAAAGGAC